AUGCCAUACUCUUUCUCGGUGACAUCUUUAUUGGAUCUUUGCCUUCCUCUAACAUUGAUUGGCCAACUGCUCUCUGAAAAGAUUAAUGCCUCUUCUUCCGAGGAUGGGCUAAACUUUUAUGAUUCUGGUCAUCGCUUUGAGCAUUCACAACUUUUGUUAGUGCUUUUGCAUUCCCUUCCAUUUGCACCUAGGCCACUACAGAGCAGAGCACUACAGGUUGGCUAG